AUAUUCUCAUAGUACAUGUCUAAUUAUGAAAUGUCUAAAAGGCUAGUGUUCAAAGCUGUAAAAAUAUUAAAAAGGAAACAUAAAUAAAAUGUCUUUCUUUUCUUCGCGUAACUGCACGUGUAGACGCUGUCGUCUUGCUUAACAUCUCAUAAAACUGGGUUAGAAUAGCAUAAUGCCGUCAGACGCAAAGAAACGGGCUCAGCAAAAGAAAAAAGACCAGGCCAACAAUCGAAAUAAAAAGCCUGUUCAGAGAGUGACUAAUGCCGACACGAAUGGAGCAACUAACGGCUCCGAGAAGGAAGAACGUGAACUGACCGCUGAAGAGGCAUUAUGUUUAAAGUUAGAAGCCGAAGCAAAGAUGAACUCGGAGGCAAGAUCCUGCACUGGGUCCCUGGCAGUACAUCCUCGAUCAAGAGACAUAAAAAUAGCCAACUUCUCUAUUACUUUCUAUGGCAGUGAACUGCUUCAAGACACUUUAUUGGAGUUGAAUUGUGGUCGACGAUAUGGUCUAGUGGGCCUUAAUGGAUGUGGAAAGUCUUCGUUAUUGGCGGUGCUUGGGCGACGAGAGGUGCCUAUUCCUGAGCACAUUGACAUUUUUCACUUAACCCGUGAAAUGCCUGCAUCUGACAAAACUGCUUUACAGUGUGUCAUGGAGGUAGAUGAAGAAAGAGUGAAAUUAGAGAAAUUAGCUGAAGAGCUAGCUCACUGUGAAGAUGAUGACGCUCAAGAACAGCUGUUAGACGUAUAUGACCGCCUGGAUGAGCUCAGCGCAGACACAGCUGAAGCUCGUGCAGCCCACAUUCUACACGGUCUUGGAUUUUCCAAAGCUAUGCAGCAACAAGCUACUAAAGAUUUUUCAGGAGGUUGGCGUAUGCGUAUCGCAUUAGCGCGUGCAUUGUAUGUGAAACCGCACUUGUUACUCCUCGAUGAGCCAACUAACCAUUUGGAUCUAGAUGCCUGUGUCUGGCUUGAGGAGGAACUGAAACAGUACAAACGAAUUUUGGUGCUUAUAUCGCACUCUCAGGACUUUUUGAACGGUGUCUGCACAAACAUUGUUCACAUGAGCAAGAGGCGACUCAAAUAUUACACGGGCAACUAUGAGGCCUUUGUCCGUACUCGCAUGGAGUUACUGGAGAACCAAAUGAAGCAGUACAAUUGGGAGCAGGAUCAGAUUGCGCAUAUGAAGAAUUACAUAGCAAGGUUUGGUCACGGUUCCGCCAAACUCGCUCGUCAAGCUCAAUCCAAGGAGAAGACUCUGGCCAAGAUGGUCGCACAAGGCCUGACAGAGAAAGUUGUUGAUGACAAAAUACUCAACUUUUACUUCCCAUCUUGCGGGAAAGUGCCACCACCAGUGAUUAUGGUGCAGAAUGUAGCAUUUAGAUAUACAGAUGAUGGGCCUUGGAUUUAUAAGAAUUUGGAGUUUGGUAUUGAUCUUGACACCCGGCUGGCCCUUGUGGGGCCCAAUGGUGCUGGCAAAUCUACACUGCUCAAACUGCUCUAUGGUGACUUGGUACCAACAACUGGCAUGAUUCGCAAGAAUUCCCACUUGAGGAUUGGGCGAUAUCACCAACAUUUACAUGAACUUUUGGACCUUGAUCUGUCGCCAUUGGACUACAUGCUUAAAGAAUUCCCUGAAGUCCGCGAGCGUGAGGAGAUGAGGAAGAUCAUCGGUCGCUAUGGAUUGACUGGACGACAGCAG